CCCGCACCAAUACCCGACUACACAGUUGUGAGUUUUUGAGUUGAAGUUGAAGCGCAGGGAGCUCAGGAGAGGAUGAUGGAGGUGAACAUGUAUGCGGCUCUGCUCUUGUCCUUCGUCUCCUUCGUCACCAUCUCCCUCUUCGGGAUGGUGUACAAGCACCUCUCCCACUUCCGGGGCAACAACCUCCCUCCCGGCAAAUUCGGCCUCCCCUUCCUCGGUGAGACCCUCCACUUCCUUAGAUCCGGAUGGGAUGGCCACCCCGAGAAGUUCAUCUUCGACCGCAUCUCCGCCUACUCCUCCCAGGUCUUCAAGACCUCCAUCCUGGCCGAGCCCACCGCCGUCUUCUGUGGCGCCCCCGGCAACAAGUUCCUCUUCUCCAACGAGAACAAGCUCGUCACCGCCUGGUGGCCCGACUCCGUCAACAAGGUCUUCCCCUCCUCCCUCCAGACCUCGUCCAAGGAAGAGGCCAAGAAGAUGCGCAAGAUGCUCCCCAACUUCCUCAAGCCCGAGGCCUUGCAGCGCUACAUCGGCAUGAUGGACGAGAUCGCCCACCGCCACUUCGCCAUGUCCUGGGAGAACAAGGACGAGGUCGUCGUCUUCCCUCUCGCCAAGCGCUUCACCUUCUGGCUCGCCUGCCGAGUCUUCGUCAGCGUCCAGGACCCCGACCACGUCGCCAAGUUCGCCGACCCUUUCAACGACAUCGCCUCCGGGAUCUUCUCCGUCCCCAUCGACCUGCCGGGGACCCCCCUCAACAAAGCGAAGCACGCCUCCAACUUCAUAAGGAAGGAGCUGAGGGCCAUCAUCAAGCAAAGGAAGCUGGACUUGGCGGAAGGCAGGGCGUCGGCCACUCAGGACAUAUUGUCGCACAUGCUGUUGGCCACGGACGAAGACGGGAAGCACAUGAACGAGAUGGACAUCGCUGAUAAGAUCUUGGGAUUGUUGAUCGGGGGCCACGACACUGCCAGUGCUGCCUGUACCUUCAUCGUCAAGUACCUCGCCGAGCUUCCCGACGUCUACGAGCGAGUCUACCAGGAGCAAAUGGAGAUUGCCAACUCGAAAGCCCCAGGGGAGUUGUUGAACUGGGAUGACAUCCAGAAGAUGAGAUACUCAUGGAACGUGGCGUGCGAGGUGCUGCGAUUGGCGCCUCCCCUCCAGGGAGCAUUCAGAGAAGCCCUCAAUGACUUCAUCUUCAACGGUUUCUCCAUUCCGAAAGGCUGGAAGAUCUACUGGAGUGCCCAUUCGACUCACAGGAGCGCCGAAUACUUCCCGGAGCCCGAGAAGUUCGACCCGUCACGAUACGAUGGGAACGGACCAGCGCCGUACACGUUUGUGCCGUUUGGGGGAGGGCCGAGGAUGUGCCCAGGGAAAGAGUACGCGCGCUUGGAGAUACUCGUGUUCAUGCACAACGUGGUGAAGAGGUUCAAGUGGGAGAAUCUCAUCCCAGACGAGAAGAUUGUGGUUGAUCCCAUGCCCAUGCCUGCCAAGGGUCUCCCCGUUCGCCUCAUCCCCCACAAAGCUUGAUCCCAACUGCCUCUGCAUUUCCUUUCACGUGUAUGAAAACCAAGAAGAAGGGGCGCAGCUUCGUUACCUGAGUUUUUGUGCCUCCUGUUUCCAUUUUCGUUUAUGCGAUCCGAUCUAGAGAUUUAAAAAAUGUAAAAAAAGACAAACAAAGUUUAUGAAUAAACAUAUUGUCCCACUC